AUGAAGGUUGGGCUAUUUCAAUUGUUCAUAAUUUUUUCUUCCAUCCUCUCUCCAAUCCAUUCAAGCGCAAAUUGGGGUGCCUUAAACUGGUGGUGCGACAAAACACCAUACCCUAAACCAUGCAAGUAUCAUCUGGGCCAAGAUGGAAACCACUCUGUAUCAACGUCAAAGAAUGAUUUUCGAGAUUUGGCCACAAAAUUAGCCCUGGAAUGGUCGCUGAAUGCACUGACCUAUAUCAAGUGGUUCGGGCUAGCUUCUUGUAGCGAUAGAAAAAGAGGCCCGUGGACGGAUUGCUUGAAGCUUUACGAGAGCACCAUUGUCCAACUUAACCGUACCCUAGACGAAAGCAUGAAUCGUGACGACUUUGACGUACAAACCUGGCUUAGUGCGGCCCUCACGAAUCUCGAUACCUGUCAAAAUGAGUUCACUGAGCUAGGUGUUACCGAUAACGUAUUUUCCCUCAAGAACAACAAUGUUUCAAAGUUGAUAAGCAACAGUUUGGCAAUCAACAAUACAACAGCUCGUCGUCAAAUCACCUAUAGGGAACGAUUUCCUAGCUGGGUUUCAAGUGGCGAUCGGAAGCUUUUGCAGUCAAAACGGCUAGUUCCAGAUUUCGUGGUGGCUCAAGAUGGGUUAGGAGAUUUUGUCACAAUCAAAGAGGCUAUCGAUGCAUCGAUCAAUAUGAGAUAUUGGGGAAGAUUUGUAAUUUACGUAAAAAGUGGGAUUUAUAAUGAAAACAUUGAGGUAGGCCUGGAUAUGGAGAAUAUCAUGCUGAUUGGUGACGGAUGGAGGAGCACUAUUGUCACCGGUAACCGGAGCCAUGCCGGAGGCUAUUCCACCUUUGACUCUGCAACUUUCUCGGUGGCCGGCGACGGAUUCAUAGCCCGGGGCAUCACCUUCCGCAACACGGCAGGCCCGCAAAGCGGCCAGGCCGUUGCCCUCCUAUCGCGGUCCGACCGCUCAGUCUUCUACCGGUGCGGCUUCGAAGGAUACCAAGACACCCUCUGCGUCCACUCCCAACGCCAAUUCUACGCCAAAUCCCACGUCUCUGGCACGACCGAUUUCAUCUUUGGAAACGCCGCGGUAGUAUUCCAAAACUGCAUUAUCUACGGACGGACCCCACUGAGCGGGAACCAAAUCGUCUUAACGGCCCAAGGCCGAACGGACCCGAACCAGAACACCGGGUUUUCGAUCCACCGGUGCAUGGUUUUGCCCGCAGGGGAUCGAGGCGGCCCGGUGGCCAGGCCGUUCGUGGCUUACUUGGGCAGGCCGUGGAGGGAUUAUGCCCCCGUGGUUUAUAUGAGGAGUUAUCUUGACGGUUUUGUCCCCGGUGUGGGGUGGUCCCAGUGGGGGAACGAUACGGGGAAUUUGGGCACUUUGUAUUACGGGGAGUAUGGUAAUUUUGGGCCGGGGUCUUCGACCGAGGAGAGAGUGAAGUGGAGCGGGUAUCACGAUAUUAGGAGCAAAACUGAGGCGGAGGAAUUCGGUGUUGGGAAGCUCAUCCGCGGCGAGUUGUGGCUGCCGGAAGCCGGCGUGCCAUUUAUUCCUGAUGUGUAGCCUUAAAUAUUUUUUUGUUGGCGAAUGGUGUGUAUAGUAUUUGCGUGUAGAGAGUUCAAUCAGAAUGACAUGACAAUGCAAUGGCGAAUUAUAACGAAAAUGGCACAACAAAAUGAAAGGUCCGGAUUGAGAAUAGAGAUUUUACUGUGGAUCAGAAAAGAGA